AUGGAAGAGAAAAAUUUCACUGAAGUGAAAGAGUUCAUCCUUUUAGGCUUCACAGCAGACUUGAGGUUCCAACGAGUGCUGUUCUUCAUCUUCCUCAUCAUUUAUGUCUUCAGCCUCUUAGGGAAUAUCACCCUGAUUUCUUUGAUUUGUGUUGACUUCCGGCUCCACACACCCAUGUAUUUCUUCAUCGGAAACUUGUCAUUCCUGGAUCUCUGGUAUUCCUCUGUCUAUGCCCCCCAAAUCCUGAUGACUUGCCUCUCUGAUGACAAAAGCAUCUCCUUGGCUGGUUGUCUGGCUCAGUUCUUCUUUUCUGCUGGGCUGGCCUACAGUGAGUGCUAUCUGUUGGCAGCCAUGGCUUAUGAUCGCUAUGUAGCCAUCUCCAGCCCUCUGCUUUAUGCCCAGGCCAUGUCCCCGAGGUUAUGCGCCAGUCUUGUUGCAGCUUCAUACCUUGGUGGGUUUGUUAACUCAACCAUAAUCACCACUGAGACAUUUGCUCUGAGUUUUUGUGGCAGCAACAUCAUUGAUGACUUCUUCUGUGAUCUGCCCCCACUUGUGAAGUUGGCGUGUGAUGUGAAAGAGAGCUACCAGGCUGUGCUGUACUUUAUCCUGGCCUCCAAUGUCAUCACUCCUACCAUACUUAUUCUCGCCUCCUACCUCUUCAUCAUCGCUGCCAUCCUGAAGAUCCGCUCCACCCAGGGCCGCCUCAAAGCCUUCUCCACCUGUGGGUCUCACCUGACGGCUGUCACCUUGUAUUAUGGUUCAAUUCUCUUCAUUUACUCCCGGCCCAGCACUAGCUAUGCGCUGGAACGCGACAAAGUAGUGUCAGUGUUCUACACUGUGGUUAUUCCCUUGUUGAACCCCAUGAUCUAUAGCUUAAGAAACAAAGAUGUCAAGGAUGCCUGGAGAAAAAUGCUAGAGAGAGCCAAGUUUCCUUAA